AUAUAAGGCGCUAGAACUCCGAGCAAAGGUGUAAAAAGAACAACUUCUUAUUUCGCGGUAAAUAUUUAUAAAAAUAUUUAAUAGCAUAUUGUUAUAUAAUUUAUAAUUUAUAUACUUUUCGUGCCGUUGCUUUUUGUUUCUUAAAUCUCUCUUUUUAUCUAAAUUUCUAUAUAAUAUGAAGCUCAUUCCUUUUGUCGCCAGCUUUUUCGCUGCUGCUUUUGCAUACAACGAGCUUUCUGCUCCCGCUACUAAUGCCGUUAUCCAAGAAGGAGGUGGUGCUUACACGGUGUCUUGGUCCAACUUGACCAGUGAUACCGUAACUUUGACCUUGCUCAGUGGAGGUAAUGACAAGUUGGUUCCUUUGGAGACUAUCGCUUCCAACAUUAAGAACACUGGUACUUACGGUUGGGAUAUUCCUACCCAUUUCCCUUCUGCUGAUAACUAUUUGCUAUCCGUUUCUUGGGACGGUGGUGAAAGCUACUCCAAGUAUUUCACCCUUCAAGCUUGCUCUACCUGUACAAUUUCCACCACUGACUUGAGCUAUAGUGGAUCCAUGUCUGCUACCUCUAUUCCUGCUUCUGUUAUUGGUACACGUAGUGCUUCCAGCACCUCCUCUCAACCCUCAUCUUCUUCUUCUUCUUCUUCUUCUGGAAAGUCUUCCUCCGCAAGUUCAUCUUCUGCUCCUGUCAGUUCUUCCCAAUCUGGCAGUUCUUCCAAGUCUUCCUCUGGCUCGUCCUCUGCUCCCGCUAGUUCUAAGAGUGGUUCUAUCAUUUCUGCUUUUGGUAAGACCGCCAGCACCGCCAGCAGAGGUUUCUCUGUUAGUUCCACUUCCGGCUCUUCCAAGUCAACCAGUGGAUCCUCUUCCUCUUCCUCUGGUUCUGGUUCUAGCUCCCACAGCUCUGCCGCUUCUCCUCUCGUGAAGACUGGCUAUAAUGUCGUUGCUGUUAUUGGUAUUGUUUCUGCCGUGACUAUGUUCCUUUAAGCAGAAUCUAUGGAGCAACAAUAUGCGGUUUAUUCGAAGACUUCCGAAAGAAAUCCAAGUAGACGCUCUUUUGUUUUUUAUUAAGAAAAAAAAACCAUCUUUUGAGAUUUGUCUUUCAUUUACAUUGUUGAUUUAUUACACACUUAUGUAUCGGGUUUUAUUAUUUGCAUUUUUUUUUGAUCAUAAUAUAAAGCAACAUCUAAGCAUUCAUUUAGCAAUUUAAUUUUUUAUUUAUAA